AUGAUCGCACAGCUAAGCCAGCCUGUUGAAGAAGAAAUCCCGGUCAGCCAAGUCGCCAUUCAAGCUGCUUUUCGCCAAAGUCAUGACCCGGUACUACUACCACUUGGUAGAGCAGGCCACAGAGACAAAGAAGUAAAGGCCUCGUCCUCUGCACUUUGGAGUGGCGUGCAAUGGUGGGCUGUACUUGCUGAUCACGCUCACAACAAUCCGUCGUUCGCCGCAAUGUGGUCGAAAGUGGCGCCCCCAACCUUAUCACUAUCGCCCCCUUCGCGAUUUGUGAUAUCUAUCCCUUCAUUCUUUGUCAGUGAAGAUGAUGAGGAUGACGACGAUGAUGAAGAUGAAGACUUUGAAAAGGUUCGCGUUGAGAGAAUGAUAUCAUUUUUGCGGCAACUUUUGGAGAUACCCAUUGAGGAGGUCCCCCGGCUGCGUCGUAGCUGCCGAACUCAACAUGGCAAGUUGUGGACAGUGUUGCGAGCGUUGUCGGGAAGCCUCAUACUAUUGCGUUUCACCCCAUCGGAGGACGAACAACGAUCAGUUGACCUCACUAUCCAAUGUUCCGACUUGGCCGACCUCUCAGCAGUAUGUAUCCCUGGCUAG